GAUGAAUGGCAACGGGGUGUUCACUGUGUUGCUUGCUGCUUGCUUUUGAACCAGUUAUCAACAUUGGGGAGUUAUCCUGCAUGCAAAGAAUACUUACAAGUUAAAUUUCAAAGGAUAUGAUCUGAUCCUCCCCCCCGCUCUCUCUCGUACGCAUAACCAACGAAAACCAUCAUGUCCGACACGACCGCCGCCGCCGCCCCCGAAACCUCCCCUCCCUCCACCGCAUCCACCACCACCACCAGCCCCUCGCAAAUCCGCAUCCUCACACUCAACUGCUGGGGCCUGAAAUACAUCGCCAAACACCGCGCCGCGCGCCUCACUGAGAUUGGCCGCCGUCUCGCGCUUGCCUCCCCACCCCCCGAGAUCGUCGGGCUCCAAGAAUGCUGGACGCAGGCCGACUACGAAAGCAUCCGCCAACAAACCCGUCACAUCCUGCCCUAUGGCAAGUUCUACUUCGGGGGCAUCUGGGGCGCGGGACUAGCCAUUCUCUCGAAAUGGCCCAUCGAAGAGAGCAGCAUGUACGGGUACCCGCUCAACGGGCGACCGACAGCCUUCUUCCGGGGCGACUGGUACGUGGGGAAAGGGGUGGCUUGCGCGCGGGUGCGGCUUGGAGCUGGGCGGCACGAGGUCGCGGAGGUGUUCUGCACGCAUCUGCACGCCCCGUACGAGCGCGAGCCCAACGACUCGUACAUCUGCCACCGGACGGCGCAGGCGUGGGAGAUCGCCAAGCUGAUGCGCGGCGCGGCGGAGCGCGGGCAUCUAGUGAUUGGGCUCGGGGACUUUAAUAUGCUGCCGGCCUCGUUUGCGCAUCAGUUGAUCCAGGCGCAUAGUCCUGUGCGCGAUGCGUGGCAGGUCGUGCAUCCGGAUUCGUCGGUGGGGGCGGCGAUCGAUCCGGUUGAGCAGCAGAGGGGGCGUCCGGUGCCGUCGGCGGAGUUCAACAUCACCGUGAACGGCGCGACGUGUGAUGGGAGGUUCAACACUUGGCGGUGGAGUAAGGAGGAGCAGAAGCGGCUCCUGAAGAAGGGUGAGGAGGUCGAGGUCGAUAAGGAUGCGCCCUGUCCGCGCGGGAAACGUCUGGAUUAUAUCUUUGUCGGCGAUGGCGGGGUGGGUGCGCCGCACAAGUGGUCGGUGCAGGAGGUGACGUUGAGUAUGAUGGAACGACAUCCGACGUUGCGGUGCUCGCUGAGCGACCAUUUCGCGGUGGAAGCGCGGAUUGUGCGGUCCUCGGAGCAGGAGGCUACCACAACUGAGGCCCCUGGGGAUACUGCUGCUGCUGCUGCUGCUGCUGCUGCUCCUGCGGCUCCCAACACCGCCCUCACGCCAGAGACUUAUGAUCUGAUCAUCGCGAUGAUCCACAAGUAUGUGCAGCGGGAACGCUCGCAGCGACGCUGGCGAAUCGCGCACUUCGUCGCCUCGGUGUUUGUGUCGAUUGGCUGUAUGGUGGGCGUCUGGUGGACGGGCGACCAUCUGCCGUAUGUGGCCUUCAUCCUGCUCUUCGUGAGCACGUUGAACUUCGGGGCGGGGAUCUUGGAUGGUUUGAUUGGAGGACUGUUUAUGAGCAGCGAGCUGCGCGCCUUGAAGGAGUUUGAAUGGGAGGUCCGUAAUGCGAAGCAGAUUGCCGAGGCGGCCGGUGGUGAAGGGGAGUCGAAGCGGAUGGAGUGAGCUGGUUUGGUCGUGUAGUAUGACUUUUUGUAUAAUAUUUGCUACAUAUAGGUACUUUCUACUGUUGUCAUUGCGAGCUGACUGGACCCAUCACAUCACUUAGCAUAUGUUAUGUUGAGCAGGCGACAGUAGACUGCAAGGAAUACUGGAAAG